GUCUAACGGUGCCUUUAAAUGGAAACAUGAAUAUAUGGACACAACAACAUCCCAAUUACUACGAUAUUCCAUACGUACGUACGCCGAUGGAUUAUUUUUCUAAUUACCGAAGUUACUUGUUUACAGGUUGGCCUCACUAUCUACCCUACCAGCAGCGGGUUAUCCCACGUUGGCAAGUCGGCUCCAAACUGAUUGGCGAAGGUAUCGAAGGCAUGAUUGCAUUUCAACCGUUACCCUAUAGCAGUCACAUAAGGGUGAUCUUAAAUGCUACUGGCUUACCGCCUGGUAAGCAUGCUUUACACAUACACACUUAUGGGGACAUGGGUGACGGUUGCACAUCCACUGGGGAACAAUUCCCGAAUAAUUUCUUGGGCAAUGUAAACGCGAAAGAGGAUGGUAGCGUAUCCGUUGCUUUUAUAAGCCCUUUUUUAAACUUAUUCGGUUUCCAUGGUAUAGUGGGUCGAUCAAUUAUCAUACAUGAGAAGCCCAUCGAUUUGAAUACAAUUCUAAAUGCCGAAAUAAUCUCCUCAGGCCUACCUGAUGCUUUGGCUUCGCAGAAUGAAGAGAAAUCCGUUGGGGCGGCUAUAGCCUGUGGUGUAAUUACUGUUGUGAAAAUACCUUUUCGUAUCAAUUUAAUGGUGCAAUAA